AUGGCGUCGCUCGUCGCGCCAUCCCCCUUCGACGCGACGAGCUACGUCGCCUGGGCGCGCACGCUGGACAUCGUCGUCCACGACAGCUUCGGCCUCACGGCCGGCGACUCGGACGCGCGCGCCGUCGUCGCCGCCUGCGACGUCGACGCGUCGCCGGAGCGGCCGGCGGAGCUCGUCUUCGUGCCCUUCGACGCCAUGCUCCACGCGCGGUCGCCGCUCGUCUGUAGCGGCGAGCGCGAGGCCAACGACGCGCGCGCGCUCGGCGCGCUGCUCGGCAAGGUGACGCGCGAGGACGACGCGCUCGCGCUCCGGCUGCUCUACGAGCGCCGCAAGGGCGCCAAGAGCAGGUGGGGCCCCCACAUCGCCCUGCUCCCGGCGACGCCGCCGCACGCGCUGCUCCGCUGGUCCGAGGCCGAGCUCGCGGAGCUCGCGGGCUCCGACGCGCUCGAGCUCGCGAACCGCUGGCGGUCGCAGGUUUCGUCCGACUUUUCGGAGAUCGUCGACAAGUCGCGCGCGGCCGUCGAGGAGAGCGACCCGGGCAAGCAGCUGAGCGCGGCCGUGAAGGCGUCGCUGCGCUUCCCCUGGCUGGAUCUCGAAGGGUUUAGCUGGGCGGUGUCGAUGAUCUGGAGCCGCUGCGUGUCCGUGAGUCGCAAGGGCGCGCCGCCGAUCAAGGCCUUCCUGCCCGUGGUCGACAUGCACAACCACGACCCGGGCGCGCCGGAAAACCACGGCUUCGACGACGCGCGCGACGGCUUCGUCCUCCGGCGCACGGGAAACGCCAAAAAAGGCGACGAGCUGAAGCUCUGCUACGACGGUUUGCCGAACGCGUGGCUCCUUCUAUUGUAUGGCUUCGCGCUGGACCACGCGGCCCACGCGGGCCGCGACCUCUACGCGCCGCUGAGCCCCGAGGCUCCUCACUACGAGGCGAAGCGCGCGGCGCUCGAAAAGCUCGGUUUGGGCGCGACGGCGGACGGCGCGGCGCCGUUCCGCCUCGCGGCGGACGACGCGCUGCCCGAGCGGCUGCUCACGGCCCUCAUGGCCCAGCGCGCGACCUUGGACGAGCUGCCGGGCCUGCCCGCGACGAGCGAGGCGACGGCGCGCGCCGCGGCCGGCGACUUGGUCGCCGCGUGCGACGCGCUCCUCGCGGCCUACCGCGGCUCCGAGGACGAGGACGCCGCGGCGCUCGCGGACCCGGCGACGCCGCCGAGGCUGCGCCUCGCGCUCCUCGUCGACGGCCACUACGUGGCGACGCUCCACUGGAGCGACGCGGGCCUCGUCCUCCCCGAAACGCUGCACAUCACGGUCGUCGACGGCUACGAGCGCGACGCGUGCGCCUGGCGGCGCCUCGGCGGCCGCUGCGCCCUGUCGGCGAGCGCCGGCGAGGCGGCGGCGUUGGCCGCCUACGCGGCGGACCUCGCGCGGCCGCGCGACGGCCGGCCCUACGGCAAGGCCGCCGUGCUCGCGCGCGACGCGGCCGGCGCCGUCGCCGCGUGCGUCGCGCCCGCGGCCGUCGACGGAAGCGGCGCGGCCGUCUGCCUCUUCGCGACGCGAACGGAACCGCGGCCCCUCGAGCUGCGCGUGCUCAACGACGACGGCAGCGUCGCGAGCUCCCUGCGCGUCGCCGGCGCCGCGCCCGCGAGCUUGGGCGUCGCGCUCGUCGUGCGCAACGACGGUUACACGCGCGACGUCGCCGGUCCCACGAAGGCCGUCGCGGCCGUCGCGGCCUGCGCGCUCGCGGCGGCGGACCCGGCCGACGCACCGAAGCUCCGCGACUACGGCGCGUGGCUCCACGCCCGGCGCAAGUUCGCCGUCGUGCGCCGCGACGGCGACCGGCCGACGGCCUGGGUCAAGGCCGCGGACGACGGCGGCUCCGUCGAAGUCUGGUUCGAGCGCGACCGCGGCGCGCCGCCGCCCGCGCCGGUGCGCGCGCCGCCGCCGGCCGCGCCGCCGCCGCCGGCCGCGCCGGCGCGCGCGCCGCCGGCGAAGCGGCCCCUCGAGGUCGUCGAGGGCGCGUCGCAGGCGACGGCCGCGUCGUUCUACAAUACCCUCAAGCGCGACCGGGGCACGCAGCACGAGACGCGCAUCUACCACAUGCGGCGCUUCAACAACUGGGUCAAGAGCGAGCUCAUCCGGAAGGCGGCGGCCGCGAGCCGGCCCCCGGGCGGCCCGCUCAGCGUCCUGGAUCUCGCCUGCGGCAAGGGCGGCGACCUCUCCAAGUGGGCGAACGCGAAGCCCACGAACUACGUCGGCGUCGACAUCGCGAAGCAGUCUUUGGACGACGCCGCGGGGCGCCUGCGGGGCAUGGGCAACAAGCUCGCCGGCGUGCCCUGCCGCCUUGUCGAGGCGUCGCUGGGCAACACGUCGCUCGUCGACGGCGAAAGCGCCUUCGCGACGUGGGACGGGUCCUGCGACGGCGGCGCCUGGAGCUCGCGACCGCGGCCGCUCCAGCGCGACGCCUUCCACGUCGCGUCCAUGCAGUUCGCGAUCCACUACAUGUUCGAGACGCGGCCGCGCGCCGAGGCGCUCUUCCGGGAUUUAGGGCUCGCGCUCCGCGCGGGCGGCCGCUUCGUGGCGACGACCAUCGACGCGCGCGCGCUCGCGCGCGCGGCGCUCGCGCGGGGCCGCCGCGCGACGCCGGAGACGCCCUUCGCCGUCGGCGAGGGCCCCUGGUGGCGCGUCGACGUCGACGACGAGGCGCCCGUCGACGCGCGGAAAGGCCUGAGCGCCGUCGCGGAGGCGAAGGCCGCGCGGGCGGAGCGGCGCGUGCUGAGCGUGUGGCUCGAGGACGCGACCUACGAGAAAUUACGCGGCGCCGCGGACGCGGGCGACGCCUUCGGGCUGCGCUACUGGUUCCAGCUCCGCGACGGCGACGACGCGCUCGCCGUCGACUCGCCGGAGUGGCUCGCGCCGCUGCCCGUGCUCCAGGAGUUGGCCCAGGCCGCGGGGCUCGAGCUCAUCCGCGCGGACCCCUUCCCGUCGUUCCUCGAGCUGCGGCGGGGCGAGGACCCGGCGGGCUUCGCGCGGUCCGUGGACAAGAUGGGCGUGCCCGACCGCGCCGGGUCGCUGAGCCCCGCGGAGUGGGACGUGCUGAGCCUCUACGUCGCCCUCGAGUUCGUCAAGAAGGCCGACGCGCCGGUCGCGGCGGCGCCGGACCCCUUCGUGCUCGCCUUCCCCAAGGUGAAGCGCGACUGGGGCGACGGUUGGAAGACGCUCGACAAGGCGCGCCAGCUCCACCUCGUCGCGCUCUGCGCGCGCGGCGAGGACGGCUGGCGCCGGCCGCCGCCGGCGCCCGCGAGCCUCGCCGUGACCGAGCGCCUCGAGUCCGACGCGCCCUUCGGGGACUAA